AUGGAGUGUCAGCUCUCUGUAGAACUUCUGCUGAAGCGAGCACUGUCAAUUCCAUCGGUGCGAGUGCUCUCACGGCCACUUCUACCGCCUAUGUCGCAUACGAUUGAGAUCUCGCUUGCAGUCAGUGAUCUUGUCGGCUUGGAACAUCUUGACAGAGUGUGCUGUGUGCUAUGGCAGAAUGACACUGAGAAUGAAAAGCAUUGGCGUCAUCUUGGCACGAGCAAGCCGGCUGUUGUUUUCACCAGAAGUGUCGAAUUUGAAGACAAGAUUUCCUAUAAAUAUGUCUUUGAGAAGGCUCAACUCAUCAAAAUUGACAUGUGA